AUGUCACCUAGUAAGCCUGUUAUCGUCCUUGUACCUGGCGCUUUUCAUCGCCCAUCAAGCUGGAACGCUCUAGCAGAGGGGCUUCGAAAGCAAGGUUACACUGUUCUUACGCCGCCUCUUGCUGUUUGCGGUGAAGCCACGGACGCUAAGCAGCUUGUUGGCACCACGGCCCUUGACGAUGUCCGAAUCAUCCACAGCAAUAUCUUACCAUUCCUAGAUAAUGGUAGAGAAUGCGUCGUUGUCAGUCACAGCUACGGCAGUUUGCCUGCAACCCUCGCUGUAGAGGGCCAAACCAUCGAGGAGCGGGCGGCUAAAGGGUUGAGUGGUGGUAUCAAAGCGAUGGUAACAAUAGCCGGGUUUUCGUAUCCAGUUCGGGGGAAAAGCAUCAUGGGAGAUGAUUCAGAGCCUCCUAUCAUGCCCUAUCAUGUGCUGGAGCAAGAGAUUCUCCAUCUCCAGGAGCCUGCCAAACGCCUCUUUUAUAGUGACCUCAACCAGGAAGGACAAGACGCAGCAUGGGAGAAUCUGUCCAAAGCCCAGAGUCGCGCAAGCUUUUGCCAUUUCCCCCAAUUUAUCACCUCGGAUAUCAUGAUUACGAAGAUCUAUAUUCUUUGUGAGGAAGAUAAGGCUGUGGAUCCUUUAUACCAGGAAGCCUUUGCGAAAAUUGGGCAGUAUCAUAAGGUUGUAAGGCUUCAGUCCGGCCACUCUCCUUUCCUUAGCAUGCCUGCACAGGUUGUAAAGGUUAUCAUAGGUGCUAUAUAG